AUGGCAUCUCCUUCGUCGAGGAAGCCUGCAGUCGAGCAAGAACAAUUCCAUACCCUUGUCAACCAUCGAGAGUUUCCGGCACCCUUGUCUGCCAUCGAGCGCGAUGAGUACGAUGUCGUUAUCAUAGGCGCCGGUCCGGCAGGGUUAUUCCUGUCCUCCGCUCUCGCUCGUUUAGGAGGCCACAAGGUCUUAACGAUCGACCAACGUAUCCAGCCUACAGAAGCAGGUCGUGCGGAUGGUAUCCAGCCUCGUACAGUCGAAGUUCUCAAAAAUAUGCAACCGCUCGGUGACGAUUUGUUCUCUCGUUCGAGCGCAAGCUUCGAACGAAGUUUUUGGAAUCCAACUAAGGACGGGAGAGGGAUCGAACGUUCACGAAGAGUACAGUCUUUCCCUACUCAUUUGGAGAUCGAGGAUAAUUGCACUCUGGGCUUACAACAGGGUUUAAUCGAACAGGGCUUUCUCCGCGAUAUGGAAGCCCACGGAGCGCAUGCGACAAGACCAUGGACGUUCAAGUCGUUUAAAAUCGUCGAGAGUGACUCAGAUUACCCAGUUCACAUCACUUUGCAACAUGCAAAGGAACAAUUUGACCGGAGCGUUCGUGCCAAGUAUAUGGUUGGAUGUGAUGGUGGUCGUUCGUCUGUGCGACAUUUCCUUCAGGUUCAUCAUGGAUUCAAAUUUGAUGGAGAAUGGGUGGAUACUCUUUGGGGUGCUAUUGAUGCUGUGGUCAAAAGCGACUUCCCGGAUCUUCGCAAGAUCGCUACAAUUCACUCGAAGAACAACGGAGCAAUGUACAUAUUUCCACGGGAAAACUCCGCCUCAGGCAAGCCUAUCGUUCGUCUAUACACACAAGUAAACGUUGUGGAUGGAGUCAAGGACAAGAGCCUUGCCCAUGCAGCCCGCGAUUCAGUGACAAUGAAGACUAUUAUCGAUGCAGAUAAGAAAAUCAUUGCACCGUACAAGCUAGAGUUCGAAGAAGUUGAAUGGUGGACUGCUUAUCCUAUUGGGCAGCGACUUGUAUCGUCGUACUCACAUAAGAACCGCAUAUUCUUGGCAGGAGGUACGGUUGGCACUCGUUUUCUCGGAUGUUAUGCAUGUCACACGCACUCGCCGAAGGCUGGACAAGGCAUGAACACCGCUUUAAUGGAUGCUCACAAUCUCAGCUAUAAGCUCCAUCAUGUCCUUUCUGGGCUAGCUAAACCAAAUCUUCUCUCCACCUACCACACCGAAAGGUGGAAAAUAGGCAAACAACUUAUUGAUUUCGAUGCAGAGUACGCUGCAAUUUUCUCAGGCGAGAUUCCAAAGAAUCGGCCUGAAUUGGCUAAAUUAUCUGCGGAAGAAUUGGCGGACUAUUUCCUUCACGUUCAACGGAGAAAUGCGGACUUCACUUCAGGGGUUGGGGUUGUUUAUGCAGAUGAUCCACUUACGGUUUCGAAUGCCAAGUUAUCGAAGUUUGGUUUAGAACUUAUCAAAGACCUGAAGCUGCGUGCUGGUGAACGGUUAUUAUCUGCUUUCGUCACCCGGGUGUCGAAUCUUCAGCCUGUUCGUCUCAUUCACGAGAUCCAAUUUGAUGCACCUGGUGCUUUCCGCCUUUAUGUGUUCGGUGGUGCAUUUGACUCCUGCAAGCGAAGACUUCGGGCCUUCUCUACGUACCUUCUCAAACCGAACAGCUUCGUUCAGAGGUUCAAGCCCGCAUUGCCGAAGGGUGCGAAGAGAGUUCUGCCUGCUGCUAUGAAUACGGGUGUCACAGGUUACGAGGAGCUGAAUCCGUGGUUCAAUAUCCUUACUAUCAUUCGAAAUAGUCGCUUCCGAUUCAAUUUGGAGGAUUUCAAGGACUUCCCCGGUCUGAACUCGAUGUUGUACGCUGAUGAUGAGGAACAAGGAGGCGAUAAGAUUGGUGAUGCCGAUGGAGAUGCUACGGUUGGUGGAGUGCAUCGCAAGUAUGGCCUCGACAAUGACGGGGGUAUUGUUAUUUGCCGUCCAGACGGAUAUGUCGGUAUCGUUGUACCAAUCACUCAGGCAGGCUUCAUUGCAAUCGAUAAAUACUUCGGCUCCAUCCUCCUCCCGACCACCCAUGAGACGCAGCCGAAGCCACGACUAUGA